AUGUUGGUGCGAGGCUGUGGUGGGGGUGAGUUGCGUCACUCGUUGGCCGAACGCACCAAGGCCCUGGCGGCUAAGUGCCACGCGCUGCGUUCACCGGCUCGCGAACAACGCAGCGUGGAGAGACGACGUCCCAGAAACCGCAAGUCGCAGACGCGAUGGUACGUCAAGCAGCCGACCUGGCGGUUGUGGGGCGAGGAGAAGGUGGACGGCGCGGUGUACACGGUCUACCUCAAGAAGGUUCGCUACCAUCGCCCCACGCGCAGUGCCUCCAGUGAGUCAGACGACGAGAUCUCCCACCUAGAGUGGGAAACCGUGCGAGUGCGCUUUGUGAAGGCUGGAACAGUUGAACGGCUGGUGGAGGCGCUCGCCACUGACGAUGGUGAACUCGAGUCCACAUACGUCAACGUCUUCCUUGCCACUUACCGCUCAUUUGCGGAGUGCGGUAAAGUGCUGGAUCUACUGCUGCGGCGGUAUCAAGCACUGGCGUCGGAAGACGUCCUCCCUGCGACGGUCGAUACAUCGCAGCAACAUAGAAAGACUCUGGUGGCAUGUCUCCACGUUUGGUUGGAUACCUAUCCGGAAGACUUUCGACAACCUCCUCACCAUCCCGCACUGCAGCAGCUUCUCGCCUUCACACAGCUUCAUCUGCCUGGCUCUGAGUUACACUCGAAGGUGUUACAGAAGCUAGCAGUGUUCAGUGCGGAACGAAACGGAUGUGUGGGUGGAGCGGGGGUGUGCCUCGCGCCUGGUAUGCGCGUGCUGCAACACCACACUAGCGCCUACCGCCUCCCACACGUACCCCAUAGACACUUCGCUGAGCAGCUCACACGUAUGGACAUGGAACUGUUCAAGAAGCUGGUGCCCCACCAGUGUCUCGGCGCGGUGUGGUCCAGGCGUGACAAGGACCGAUCCCACGACGCCGCCACUGUCCUGGCGACGGUCAAUCAAUUCAACGCGGUGUCCUUCCGUGUUAUAUCAACCGUACUCGUCGAACCUAACCUCAGGCCGAUAGAACGUACGGACAUACUCGCCGCCUGGCUCGACAUAGCUCGGGAACUUCGGGUGCUGAAAAAUUUCUCUUCAUUAAAGGCCAUAAUUUCGGGGUUGCAAAGCAAUCCCGUCUAUAGGUUAAGGAAAACUUGGGCCAUUCUGUCCAAAGAAAAAGCGGAACUGUUCGAGGAGUUGGCAAGAAUAUUCAGCGAAGAUAACAAUCGUUGGGCCCAGCGUGAACUUUUGAUGCGUGAAGGUACUGCCAAAUUUGCAGAUACCGUGGGCGAGAAUGACAGACAGUUACAGAAAUUAUUACACGAGCGAGGGUCACCCGGCGUCAGCCACGGGACUAUACCGUACUUGGGAACAUUUUUAACAGAUCUUACUAUGAUCGAUACCGCUAUACCAGAUACUGUGUUCGAUGGUUUGAUAAAUUUUGAUAAAAAACGAAAAGAAUUCGAGGUUCUCGCCCAAAUCAAAUUAUUACAGGGCGCCGCAAACGCCUAUCACUUACCUUGCGAUCCCCUGUUCGAUAGAUGGUUUGAUUCAGUGAUCAUCCUAGACGACAGGGAGGCGUAUCAGUUGUCAUGUCAAAUAGAACCACCGACGAAUCCCCCAAAAGAACGAAGACCAAAGAAUAUAAACAAUAACAGCCAAGGGCACAGGAAAAAUGAUUCAAUUGCUAGUACAAGUUCCAGUAACAGUUCUCAAUUCUACUGUGAGACUGACGGCGCCGGUAACGCUUGGAAACGUGAUAGUUUGGAGCGGCGUAUAUCACCAACGAGAUUGUCUCACGGUUCCUCCUCAUCUUCUUUGCCUUCUCUAGACGUGUCACUGUCAAGCGCUAACAGCGGUCAGAAGACUGCCAACGGUAAAGCCCCGGCGACCAGUCCAGCACACCCUAACAAGACCGGCCCUGACUUCUAUAUCAUCCGAGUGACUUAUGAGUCUGAUUGCGUUGAAACAGAAGGCGUGGUUCUCUACAAGUCUAUAAUGUUGAGUAACAAUGAGCGCACGCCGCAAGUUAUUCGUAACGCGAUGUUGAAAUUAAAUCUCGACGGGGAUCCAGAUUCUUAUACACUGUCACAAGUUUUACCAGAAAAAGAAAUGGUGUUGCCAUCAAAUGCGAACGUCUAUUACGCUGUCAACACGGCGUAUAACUUGAAUUUUAUAUUAAGACCACGCAAACCACAGACUGAAGCUAUCGUUAAUGGAAAAGCUAAGAACAAACGAACGUGA